AUGGUCAACAACUCCUUGGCUUCUUCCAAUGGAACAAGCGACGGGCACGAGCCACAGGAAGAAAACACCAUGUACAAAGUGGGUCUGUCAGUGACGGUGACACUUGUGAUGGCUCUGCUGGUGUUCUCCAUGGGUUGCACCGUUGAGGUGAAGAAGCUGUGGGGCAACAUCAAGAGACCUUGGGGGGUCGCUGUAGGGAUGGCGUGCCAAUUUGGACUGAUGCCUUUGGUGGCCUAUAUCUUGGCCAUUAGCCUUGCCACAACCACAACCCAAAGUGUUGCCAUCCUUAUCCUUGGCUGUUGUCCUGGAGGAACAAUAUCCAAUCUUUUCACCUACUGGAUUGAUGGAGACAUGGAUCUCAGCAUCACUAUGACAGCCUGUUCUACUGUAGCUGCCCUGGGAAUGAUGCCACUUUGCCUGUACAUCUAUUCAUAUUCCUGGGAACUUGCAGAUGGCAUCCCAAUUCCGUACCAGACCAUAGGAACAAGCCUUCUCAGCUUACUCAUACCAGUUGCUUGCGGGAUUUUUGCAAACUAUAGAUGGCCUAAACAUUCCAAAAUCAUUGCCAAGGUUGGAGGUAUUUCGGGAAUUACUAUCCUAGUGGCUGUAUCAAUAACUGACAUACUAUUGUCCAAAGAUUCUUUGAAUCUGGAACUCUCUAUCGUGACGACUUGUGCAGUUUUAUCAUUCACUGGCUACAUGGGCGGCUUUCUAUUGGCCCUUAUCACCUGCCAGUCUUGGUCAAGGUCUCGAACGAUCGCUUCAGAGACAGGGUCGCAGAACAUAGCAUUAUACUUUGCUUUGCUCCAGUUAUCUUUGAGCUCUCAGCGUUUCUCCCAGAUAAUCACUCUUCCUAUGUUCUACGGUGCCUUUCAGCUGCUGAAUGGAUUACUCAUAACUGCUGUGUAUCAGACGUAUAAGAAAUGUUUGGGGAAAAGAGAAGAAGAGAAAGCACUGGAACCCCACGUUAAUACGCUGGAUGUUUUGGGCAGCAAGAUCAACACGGGUUUUGAAAAGAAAGAGGAUGGCCCUGUGCAUUCCAAGACGAAAAAUGGUUCCAAAGCUGGCCAGUUUCAACAGGUGCCUGAGCAUGACAUGACUUCCUUCAAAGGAAUUCUGUGA